UUUUCCAAAAAAAGUUCCACCACGCACUUCUCAAAUUUCUCCAUCAUCAUCAGCUGCGUUACAAAAAUUACUACUAAAUUGGCCUAAUAAUGUUGCAAAUUGUGAUAUAUGGGAUGAGAAAUGUAGAAAUCAUUUGAAAACGAAUAAAAUUAGGGAUGGUGAAUUAAAUAAGCGAAGAAGCAGAUUACUUGUUCCAGGUCAAAAACUUAUUCCAACGCCUAAAGAUUCUUUGAUUCCAAUACUAUUAAUUCAACGAGAUGGUCUCAUUACCACGUUUAAUAAAUCGGAUAGCGACGUUGACUCGAAGAGAGAUCUGAAAAAUAAUGUAGCAUCAUCAGAAUACAAUUGUGGAUGGAAUCUGAUUAUGCCAAGCGGGUGGGGAAUGGAUUUUUGGAAAAGUUUUGUGUUUGCAGGUGCUUGGGUUGGUGGAUUAAGAGAACGGCACUCCAACCAUUUUGAAUCUGGCAUGCAAUGUUUUCCUUACGACUUUCCAAGUACGAGAUCAUAUAAUCUUUAUUCAAAACAACAAAAAGAGAAGCAUGAACAAGAAUAUUUAAAGAAACCGCCAGCUAAAAAAGUAAAUUAUAAAAAGUUACAAGUGAAUAGUCCUUUUGAACCUGGAUUUGAGGCAUUGAUGGGGAUAGAGCCAACGAAAGAUGACAGUAAUAUUGUUAGUGGAGAUGUAGAUAAGGAAAAAGAUGAUAUAAAAGAGACAAAAGAAAUUAUUGAAGGAGAUAUUGACAAGAUGGAUGAAGAAAAAAUGACCGAUGAUAAACCGUUGUCAAACACACAAUAUAAUAAACUAGUUGCCGAACAGAAACUAUGGUUACUUCGAGGUACAAAAAAUAUAAAACUUCUUCAAAAAUAUUGUUUAUCUACACAUCCCGAUAGUGUUGAAGAGCUUUUGGUAGAAUUACAGGUACAAAUUAAGGAUUCGUUUGCGAAACGUGGAAUUUCCUUACUGCCAGAAGUUAGUGGUUGUUUUAGUUUGGAAAAAGCAUUAGUAAAUGUUAGAAUAAAUUUAUUGGCUAGAGGGUGUCCAAAAUGGAACGCUAUUAUUUAUAAAGUUGGAAAUAAAAAUGCUUAUCAAAAAUGGGAGAGAAAAAUAAGAAAAAGUGAUGAUUAUAAGGAAUAUUUAGACGACAAAAUAGAUGAUAAGGAGAUUCCAUGUGCAAAUGAUAUAAUCGGAUACAUAAUAACCGGUCAAUUUUCUUUUAGUCAAGGACAUGGAUUUGGAAUUGGAUGUUGUUCUGUUAUCAAAUGUUUAGAAAUGAUCAAAAUUGAACGAAGUGAACAAAGAAAAAUCAAUAAUUUCGUUUUGAUUAGGAAUAUAACAAGUAGAGUUUGUCAACCCGCCACAUUGGAAUUCCUUUAUUAA